AUCCUUGUAAACCAAUAAAAAAAAACACACACGGCAUACACGAAGGAAGAUGUUCAUUUAUUCCAACAAAUAAUGGCGACCGCGUUGCAUUGGCUGUUGCUGGGAAGCCUAUCUCUGAUGGUGUCGUUAGAACGUUCUGUUUUCUGGAGAGGUGCAUUUCUGAUCGAGGGUCGGGAAUUUGGAUGGCGGGAAUGGUGGAAGAACACUAUCAUCUAUCAGAUCUACCCGAGGUCUUUCAUGGACUCAGACGGAGAUGGUAUAGGAGAUCUAAAAGGUAUCACAAGUCGUCUUGAAUAUUUUCUCGACAUCGGUGUCGGGGCAAUUUGGCUUAGCCCUAUCUAUCGAUCACCGUUCGUCGACUUUGGCUACGACAUAAGCAACUUCACCGACAUCGACCCCAUCUUCGGGACGCUGGACGACUUCGAUGAACUGGUUGAUCAUGCCCAUGACCUCGGCAUCCGGGUAAUAUUGGAUUUUGUUCCGGGUUACACAAGCGACCAGCAUCCUUGGUUUGUCGAAAGCAUGAAGAACCGCGACUAUCGGAAUCCUUACAGGGAUUACUUUGUUUGGAAGGACCCGAAGCCUGGCUGUGUGUCUUCCGACCCUAGAGAAUGUAUUCCGACGAACUGGAUCAGUCCUUUCGACGGACCAACAUGGACAUGGGAUGAAACGAGGCAACAGUUUUACUAUCACACCUUCACCAAGGAGCAACCGGACCUCAAUUACCUCGAUCCUAGUGUAAGAGAAGAAAUGAAGAACGUUAUUGAAUUUUGGAUGAAACGAUGGGUAGACGGAUUGCGUGUAGAUGCCAUUGCAUUCAUCAUAGAAGAUCAUUAUAUGAGAGAUGACCCACCAAACCCGAACUUUCAGCCCUCUGAAUUAGCAACUAGGGUAGUACACCAUAGCACACUGAACAUAUAUUCUCACAAUCAUCCGGAUCACCACGAGAUAGUGAAGUCAUGGCGUCGGGAGGUCAUGGAGAAAUACAGCGCGGAACCAAAUUACAGAUUUAUGAUGACGGAGGCGUAUAAUAAACCUGCAAUCCUCGUUGACUACUACGGCACCGACGACGAUCCCGAAGCCGACUUCCCCUUGAAUUUCCAGUUCAUGGAUCUUCACGCAAAGGAUCUUUCUGGCACUGCAAUCUUCAAUCUCGUCGACGAGUGGAUGCAUAAUGUUCCUGAUGGAAAAUGGCCAAACUGGGUGGUCGGCAAUCACGAUAAUUAUCGGAUCGGAUACCGUUGGGGUAUGGAGUAUGCUCGGGCAGCUAAUGUUCUCUGCCUCCUUCUGCCGGGAACACCGACAACUUACUACGGUGAGGAGCUGGGGAUGGACCACAUCAAGGUUACGUUUGAGGAAACCCAAGACCCCUGGGGCAAGAACAACCCUUGUUGCUGGGAGAAAUACUCAAGAGACCCAGAAAGAUCCCCCAUGCAGUGGAACAUGGAGAAGAAUGCAGGAUUCAGCACCGCGGAGAAGACAUGGUUACCGGUUCAUGACAACUACAAGAUGGGUGUCAACGUCGAGUCCGAGCAAAAAGACCCCACAUCAGUCCUUAGUCUCUACAAAGCCUUGGCCCGAAUCCGUAUGCAGCGCCCGGCAUUCCACACCAAUGCCAUGGACUACGGCAUUGUCACCGACGAUAUUUUCUCCUUUAUACGCAGACCAAACCCUGACGAAUCGGAACAACCGUCUUAUCUAGUGGCUAUUCACUUAGGAAAGAAAUCGAUUGUGAUUGGUGAUUACGUCAACGCACUUCUAGCCAAUGGGGUUACGAUAGACUCCAGUGAAGGCGUGGUCGAGAUAAGUUCAAGGAUGGAUCGGAAUGGGGAAACGGUCAACCUCGAAGCGUUGGAACUUAGGUUGGGGGAAGCACUGGUAGUUGGCAUCGGGAAAGAUAGUCUUUUGAAGACUGAGCUAUAAGUGUUAACCUCA